CUUUGGGAACCACUGGGCUAGAUACUCGCAGAGGAAAAGUCUGUCUUUUGUGCUCUGACUAGCGUAACACAAAAGAUUUUAUACAGUUGAAAAAAAAUUGUAAGCUAAUUGUCAAUAUGAGUUUAGACUCACUCUUCCAACAAAUUCUUCAGGCUGAAUAUCAGCAGUCAGAACAGAUACAAAAACUCAAAGACGUAAAACUGGAAAUUAUUCGAUACAAUGAGAAGAUUAAGAAUGAAACCGAAAAAUAUAAGCAGAUCACAGAGGAAUUUGAUAAAAAGGCUGAGCAGUUGUGCACCAUGACUCUGCAGUGUGAUAUGAUGAGGAAAUGCGAAGACCAGGCAUUGAAGCAAAUUGAGGAGCAGCUUUGUCAGCAGAGUAACCUCAAUGAUCGUCUGGCCAAGAUCAAGAAGGAAUCUAAAGAAGAAGAGCAACAGUUCCUCCAGGAGAUCGCCAAAUUCAACGCUGACUUCAGUCUGACAGGGAACAGCGCAGCCGUGUUGGAGAGCCAGACUCACGCUGAGAUGCUGGCCCUGCAGAGUGAGGCGGAAACUUUACUGAAAGAGAUGGAUGAGAUGAAAAGCAGGAACAGCUACAUGAGCUCCGCAGUGGAGGAGAGGAGCCGGCUGCUGCUGGAACUGCAGGAGCUGGAGAACAUCCAGAGAGAUCUGGAUCGGCAGACGAUGGAGGCCCGAGCACAAACCGACUCUCUGCGGUCAGAGGUCGAGUUUGUCAGUCAGAAGCACCUCACCGACAGCACCUGUCUGAGCCUGAGGAAGGAGCUGGAGCUGGAGCUGCAGAAAAAUGAAGACCUUGAACAACUGCGGCGGUCCCUCAGCUCCGAGUUGCAGCUCCUCCAGGCAAAACCGAAGAGCAGCCAGGAAAGUGAGCAGCAUUAGGAUUGGCCCACCGAUGCAGGAUGUUUACGUUUACUAUCAGCAUUUCUGGUUAUGUUGCAAUAAUUCUUAGUUAGACUUUAUUUAACGAUUUAUUAUUUAACUGUACAGAUCAUUUACAUGAGUUCCUAGUUUCUGACAGCAUUGUUAGUUGUUAUUUGUUAACAUUUAUUAACUUAAUUCUAUACAUAAAGUUUGUUUAAAUUAAGUUGCUGACUGUUAAGAAGAAAAUGACAAUCUAAUGAUAAUUUUAAUAUAUUUCUUUUUAUUUUUUUGUAUGUUUUAUGUCUGAAGUAUUUUCAGGUGCAUAGUUGUUAAAAAAUGUCCUAAAAAUUCAAUUUUCAGGUAAAUGUCACGAUUUCAAAAUGGCAAACCGUAGUAAGGAAGAUAAGAAAAACAAUUAGUUGACACUACCCUCUCGUGUACAAAGAGUGGUACUACAGGAAAAUGUCUGAAACACUGGAGAGCUGCUGCCAUGUCCCUGUAAUGUGGUUCAAUUACCAGGAUUCGUGUUUUUAUCACAUUCGAGUUUUUGUAUUUAUUUUUAAAACCAUAGCCACAAAUAUCCUGAUGUUAUUAAUUUUUUAGUCUGGGAUGAGUUCUGUACACAACAACUGUAACUUUAAAAUAGAGAAGUUGUCACACAGUAAUUUAGAGUUGUUGAAUGAUAAAGUUAAGGACAUUCAAGCGUUUGUGCAAUAUUUUUCCUACAAAAAAUGUAUUAAUGAAGUUAUUAUAAUAAGGAUCAUAUUUAAGCUCACACUAGCUUUUAGAUGUUCAAGUUUACUUUUAGUGCAGAAUUUCAGUCGCAUGCAUACCUAUCCUGUGUGCCGGAUAUGAACAUACACCCUCACUAAUAGUUGGCUAAAUGUCAUUUCUGUCAUUUUUCUGUCUGAACAUUUGAACUCUGUUUCUAUCCAGUUGGAACACCUAAUGUCCAAGUGUCAGCUGUCUGGCUAUGAAUUUAUUGUUAUUAAAGUAUUUGGGGAAGUCCUCAUAAUUAUCGCUAUUACCACACAUUU